AAAACAAGAAAUUUACGCGUUAGCAAGUGAGUCAUUCUGUGUGUGCAUAAAAAUUGAUAACGAGAUCUAGAUUUCACUAGUUGGAUUCCGUCUUACAAAAACAUUAAAACAGUGCAAAAAAGGUGUCUGAAAGUACGAAAACAUGUCGCUAAAUACGGCUCACGCCAAUAAUGGCGUUUUGAUCCACGCAGGAGAAGGCAUUCUCAUCUUCUGCGACAAUGUGUCGAUCGAGUUUUCCGGCCAAGACGGGGCCACCUUCAAGGGCAAGAAGGAAGGUCGCGUCUACCUGACCACGCACCGCAUGAUCUUCAACGCCAAAAACGCCAGCGAGCAGAUGCAGUCGUUCAGUUUUCCCUUCAUCACGCUGCACGAGGUGCAACUCGAGCAGCCAGUGUUUGGCGCAAACUACAUCAAAGGCAAGGUGCGAGCGCAAGAAAAUGGCAACUGGACCGGAGAGGCCAAGUUCAAGCUCGUUUUCAAGCACGGCGGCGCGAUCGAUUACGGCCAGGCAAUGCUCCGUGCCGCGUCCAUCGCCCAGCGGAACGCCGGCUCGGCUCCACCCCCACCGUACACUCCCCCGGGUGGUGGUUGGUACGCAGCCCCACCGCCGGCAUACACCCCCAAUCCGUACAACUACGGCUGGGUUCCAUCGAACACGGUCUUCCCGGACCAGCCGGCGCCGAACUCGAUCUACAUGCACGACAGUCCCCCGCCUUAUCCGGGCAUAAUUGCCACUCCGGCACCGCCCAACUAUCCUCCCCAGCAGCAGGGAGGCUUCCAGCAACAACCCGGAGGUUAUCCAGCGCAACCGGGCUAUCCACCCCAGCAAAAUGGAUUCGGUGGUUAUCCGCAUCAGCAGCAAAACGGUGGGCCAUCGUACGGAUUUGCCGGAGCUCCGGGUUAUUCCGGUGCCCCGAAUGGAGCCAUGGGCUUCGUCCAGCAACCGCCAGCAAAUUCCAAGGAACAAGAAGCGGCUCAAAGCGCUUAUUACGACCCGAACAACCCACAAACGGCAUACGUUCCACCACAGGCGUAUUAUGAGCCUCCACCAAGCUAUAACUCGCUGAAUAAGAAAGAUCAAUAGAGAGAGCAUCUUGCGUUUUGAAUAGAAAAGUUUUAUUUAAAAUUUGUAUGCUAUCACAAUCUAACUAUGCGUCACAGAUACACACUCACAAACAUACAAACCUUCUUAUUUGUGAUCACAAAAAGAUGAUGCGGUAUCGGAAUGCAUUUUCCACGGGCGGGCGCAGCCCAGUUUGGACCAGUGGAACGAGUGACUUGAAUGAGUGGCAACGAAACGGAAAAUUCAUUUAAAUGAUGCUUGAUGUAACGUAACUUCAAAACCUGUUUAUUAUGUACCAGAUUAAAUCUGUAGUGUUUAGUGAUAUGAUAAUUAUAUUCACUAUUGAAAUCGUAUUAUGUAGCUACCUAUGUGAAGAUUAAUAAAUGUAUGCUGUUACCACAAGGCCUUAACAAUUA